UGACAUCAUGCUGCUCACCGUCUGCGCUCUGCUCCCUGCUCUGGCAGUGGUCAGCUCACAGAAAGUAGUGACGCAAAAGCCUCCAGUUAUAACAGUAGAUAAGGGGAACUCUGUCACUAUGGACUGUAACAUCGCAAAGGAUGAAGGCAACUAUGUCUCCUGGUACAAACAGAUUCCACCAGCAGCUCCAGAGUUUGUGUUGAAAUUUUAUCAUUCUCACUCCGCUCCUGAUAAAUACGGAGACAAUUUUUCAUCCACACGCUUCACAUCUAAAGCCUCAUCAAGCAUCGACUAUCAGUUAAUAAUCAGUAAUGUGGAGGUGGGAGACUCAGCAGUGUAUUACUGUGCUACACGUGAUGACAGUACUACUGCAGUUGUACCACAGGGAGAACAUCAGCUGUGGUGUGUGUUGUUGAGCGUCUCCUCCCUCUGUCCCUCCUCCUGUCUCUCUUAUAGCACGUCCCUGCAGUCUCUCCUUUAUCUGCUCCUCACGCUGCUCAUCUCUUCACUCAGCACGAGAGUCCCAUCACACACAGACACCAUGCUGCCAGCGCUCUGCUCUCUCUUCACUGCUCUCUCAUGUGUCAGUGGUGUGACUGUGGUGACGCAGAAGCCUCCUGUUCUCACACUGACUCAAGGACAGACGGCCACCAUGGACUGUAAUCUGGGGACUGUUACUAAUAGUGCUGCAUCCUGGUACAAACAGGUUCCUGGAGGAGUUCCUCAGUAUGUGUUAAGCAAUUAUCACAGCUGGAGCGCUCCUGAAUAUGGAUCUGGUUUCUCAUCUUCUAAAUUUAAAUCAACAUGUUUAUCUUCAUCUGACUGUAAUGUGGUCAUUAAUAAUGUGGAGGUGGGAGACUCAGCAGUGUAUUACUGUAACGCAUGGGACAGCUCUGCUAGUGAGGUUGUAUUCGGCCAAGGAACAAAGCUGAUCGUCAGCGACGCUGCUCUCCCGGCUCCUGUUCUGACCGUUCUCCCUCCGUCCAGUAAACAGCUGGAGUCUAAAAAAGCCACUCUAGUGUGUUUGGCCAGCGAGGUGGCCGGUGGUUUUGCUGAUGUGCGUUGGCUCGUGAACGGGAACUCGGUCACCAGUGGAGUCAUCACCGGCUCUGCACUGCAGCAAACCAAUAAGAAAUUCACACUGAGCAGCUCUUUGACCAUCGACAGCUCCGAGUGGGAAAACAACAAAGACAUAACAUGUGAAGUGUCUGCUGGAGGAAAAGCUGCAUCGGUGAAGAUUAACAAGUCUGAAUGCAGUGAAUGAACCUGAUUACUGUUUUUAUAUGAAUUAUUCAGCGGAAUUUUAUAAGUGUUUUAGAUUAAUUUAGAGAGAAAGGAAGAAUAUCACCUCCUGUAUGUAAUCAAAAAGAAUUUUAAUAAAACUGCAAUACUAUCAAAUAAUGUUUUUGUUUGUUUUGA